CCACAUCGCACGUUCCCUUCAUCCUCCAGGAUGGAUGCAUGGACGGAUCCACACUGAACCACCUCUGCACACGAGCGGACAAAUAGCAUGGGACCAAUUCAAUAUAACUAAAGAUGGCCAGACCCGCUUUUCUCCUACUUAUCCUAACGAUCAGGACCUUCUUCGUUGUGUCCAAUUAUCGAGCCUCGAUUCAUGAUAUUCCAGUCCACAUCGUCCACAUCCAAAAGUCAAAUUUCUACUCCGACACCAAAAUAACCAAUGUCGGGGUCGAGGAUCUCCAACCGCCGCACAUCCAAUUUGCCCUGCUAGGUAAUCCCCGCGCCUAUCGUCGAGUUCUAUCGAAACUUUGGAACAAAUUUAGGCUUUGCAGGCAGCAAAUCUACCAGCGCCUGUCAGUCUUUUAUCCGAUCUACCAUAGCCCAUCUGUCGUGCUCCAACCAGCGACCAAUCGCUGACUCGCCAUUGCAACGGUAUAGAUCCAGAUUGGAUAGAGACCUUCAACGUAUUGGGCGUAUCGAGUGGAUCCAGUCCUAGACAGGGUCCACGGUAGCUUUGAAGCUUUUGCACCCGAGUCUGACACCCUAUCGACGGGCUGCUGGCGAUGGAA